AAUGAUCGGAGGGGGAGCUAAGAGAGUCUGGCAGACCAUGCACACUUCUGCUCCCCAUUCAACGGACCCACCUGGCAAGGGGGCCCUCUUCUCUGAACAUCUGGGAAGAAACCCCUCCACCAGCUGCAGGAUGGGCAGCAGCAGAAGGAAGGUCAUCUGGGUCCUGUGCUCAUUGCUGCUGCUCCUUGAAGCCAGUUCUGCCAAGAACAUUUGGAAACGGGCAUUGCAUGCGAGGCUGGCUGAGAAACCCCACGCCGAGGAAGUGGACGGCCCCUGGCAGCCCAGCGCGGACCGCUGCCCGCCGCCCCCGCGCUCGCUGCCCCCUGGAGCCUGCGAGGUGGAGCCCUGCCAAGCCGACUCCGAGUGCCCGCAGCGCCAGAGCUGCUGCUACAACGGCUGCGCCUACGCCUGCCUGGAGGCCAUGCCGCCCCCUCCUGUUGUAGAUUGGCUGGUCGAGCCGAAACCUCGAUGGCUUGGUGGCAACGGCUGGCUCCUGGAUGGCCCUGAGGAGGUGUUACAAGCAGAGACCUGCAGCACCACAGAGGACGGGGCGGAGCCACUCCUCUGUCCCUCAGGCUACGAGUGCCACAUCCUGAGCCCGGGGGACAUGGCCAAGGACAUCCCCAACCGCGGGCAGUGCAUCAAGCAGGGCCCAGCAGAAGAGCCACUCCGAAGACAGACAGCUCACAAAAAAUAUCCAGAGGGUGACACCAAGAACGUGGCGGAACAUGGGAAAGGACGGCAGAGGCACGUUCAAUAAAGCAGUGACGGGCUGAUUUGAAAGAACGUUCCUCACUUUCUGCUAAGCCUUGGACACAGUGGUAUAAGAAUGCUUUGACCCUCAGAGGUCGUGCCCAGCUCAGCAGAGCAUAACCCCAGAGGUACCGAGAGACAGGACACCCGGCUCUCACCCCCAGUGCCCUCCCUGGCUGGGUGACGGUGGGGGCCGCUGACCAGCGCCACGUCCUGUUCUGUCAUCUUGGAAAUGCAGCUCCACAGAUGCUACCGGGGAAGCAGGCACUGCCCUGUGAGCAGGUGCGAAGCUCCUUCCUAAGUCAGAGUUCCGUGUCGUGUAAUUUCCAGCCUUAGCCCAGGUCUGACUCUGGUGGGCACGCACCCAGCCCUCCAGAGUCUCAGAAUAUAGCCCCGUUCUCCAAGUACAUUCGCUCAUCAUAAAAUGAAGAUGAACUUAC